ACAGAAAUUUGUAUCAACUAGUUAAACAAUGGAAUGUGCAUGAUAGUAGGUGACCGCUUGGUUUUACAACGUCUUCCUACGUCCAAUUAAAUUGUUAUAGUGACAUUACAAUGAAAUUGAAGAUAAAAGUUUAGUGUAUUCAUAAGUCAGUCGACAGUGCAUGACUGAAGUGAAAAGAGGGAAAUAUAUUUGUAGUUUUUGUUUCAAUCGAAGUACAGCGUCAUAACAAUUCAGUGAUUAGCAUAUAGCCAUCAAUUUUCCAUCGAACUCAUUUACAAUUAAUAUGCAUUUAGAUACGUGAUUGGAAUUUUGUUAGAUUUUAUAAUAAUGUCUGGAAAGAAAUAUAAAGUGGCAAGGGCAUAUUCCUUGCGCGUGCUUAAGGAUGAUAGUCCAACUGGAACUUACCGAAAAAUUUCAGACGAUUUUACGACCGCCAGAAAUCCACGCGUAAAUAGACCACUUAGUUUUGCUUACGGAGAAAAGGAUAUCAGCGUACUACGGCGAUAUAAUGGGGAAAGAGAAGAUGUGUCCGUUGAUCGAAAUAGACACGCUUUGACGUGGUCAGGAGAAUCCCCAUUCAGAGCAGAGUCAAGCAACAGUUUAAGUGAGUUACCUCCUCAAAUUUCAAAUUCGAAUGGGAUAAACGACGAUUCAGAACUUUUACCAUAUGAUCUAGAUAAAAAGGGAGCAGAUGACUUACAGCAUGAUCCUGACUUAAAACUACAACCCACGAAGAGAAGACGCAACAGUAGCGGAAGUUCAAGCAGCAGUGCUUACAAAAAGAGCGGGAAACUGGAGAGAAAAAGUUCCAGUUCCUCUUCUGGGUCAUCAAAUAAAAACAACGUUCCUAAUUCAAAUAGACAAAAUAGUACAGAUAUUCCUCUUUAUACGUCUGAUAUAGUCACUGAAAAGAUAACUAGGAGUGACUCCUCAAGUUCGGAUGAAAACGUAGAACACGAAAGUCUGAAAAGGAAGUCUAGCUCAAGCAGCCAAGAAAAAAUAGAACCAGAAGCAACUCUGUGUGUUAAGUCUGCAGAAAAACGAUUAACGGUGUACGAAGAGCCGUGGGAUAGUAAUAAAAGUCUUGAAGAAAUUGAAAACUCUGAAUUGAAAUAUUCAGACCACAACACCUCACUUUCUAGUAUUGAAAAUCAAAUAAUUGGAGGUGAUUUACCGUUAAUAUCCAAACAGCUUGACACUGAUCAGGAAACGAAAAAUAGCUUUACAACAAAACGCAACAGAGCAGAUUCCAGUUCCAGCAGCGACAGUAGUAGCAGUAAGUCGUCCAAUGAAAAACACGUAACCUCCAGUCAGUCAAGCGAAGCGCCACCACUUCCUACAAGUCAGCCACCAGAAAUUAUGGUAGACUCAGUAAACGAACACAUGGAAGUGAAACUUAUUUCAAAUGACCUGAGGUCAGAAUUACCGCAAAAUGUGAAUCAUUUAGGAACCGCUGAUUCUGAGCCUGAGGUUGGUAAUAAACGACUUUCUGUUACAUAUUAUGGUCCCGUUUAUAUGCAUGAUAAUGUACUCAUUAUGCCUACCUCAUCAACUCAGUUUUCUGGUGGUGACAGUUCGUAUCAAAGUGGUAUGAUUUUUCAAGGUCAAAUUGAACUUGAACAUGUACCACAGGAUCAGUUUGACCUCGAUUCAACUGAAAGUGCAAAAGAGGAAGAUGAGAGCAUAAAUAAGUCACUUGAAAUAUCCAACAUAAAGAUCAGUUUAUCAACUGACAACAGUGACAUCAAUGACUUGGAAGACGAUGGUGAAGUUGUUCCAGUUAUAACAGCAGAAUAUGUAAAUCAAAACGAGGCAUCUGUGCCACCAGCCGACCAUGAAAAUACAAAAUCAAAAACUGACUCUAGUUCGUCAAGUUCAUCAAGUUCAUCAAGUUCAUCAGAAUCAGAAAAUGAAACAAAACAAUCCAAAAAGAGACUAAUAGAAACACCAGUUGUUAUUAAGAAAAUUAUUAAGUCAAAGGUUGGUUCGUCCAAUUCAUCAGAGUCUGAUAAUGAAAAAGAGGAAACCAAAGAUACCAAAAUCAAAAUACCAGUUCCAGCAAUUGAAAAUGAACAAUCUAAACCAAAGAUAGAUUCAAGCUUGACCAGUUCAUCUGAGUCUGACAAUGAUAAGAUGAAAAUAAUACAUCCAGAUAUUAAACCAGUCGGCUCGCCAUCGCACGUACCAAUUUCAACAGAAGAUAAUCAGUCUAAUUCGAAAACUGGUUCUAGCUCAUCAGAGUCUGAAAGUGAAAAGGAGGAAACAACCACUGUUCCAAAGACGCGAACUAAAUCACCAGUAUCUGUAUGUAUGCCAACAAAUAAUGACAAAACAAAGCCUAAACAUAAUUCAAGCUCAUCGGAAUCUGAUAAGGAAAAUGAAAGAAAAUAUUUAGAAAAUAAAGAAACAGAAAAAUCGCUUCCUACUGAAAAUGUAAAAUCCAAAGUCGAUUCAAGUUCAUCAAGUUCAACAGAGUCUGAUGAUGAAAAACAGACAUUGGUUUUAUCCAAAGAUACAGAGAAACAAGAAAUCCUCAGAUCAGAUGCCAAAGAGAAAGGAAGCGAACCAGAGAAAGUGGAGGACAUAAAAGAUAAAUCUAAAAGUGGCAGUGGAUCCUCAUCUUCGUCAGAUUCAGAUUCAGAUUCUGACGAUCACGUGAAACAAAACAAAGAACCAGUAAAACCGAAAUCAGUAUCAUCGAACUCUGAAGACGAAACAACACAAGAUUUGGAGCACCACAAUGGUUUAUCAGAAAAUGGCAUUGAUAACCUAGAUAAUGGUUUGCAGAAUACAGAUGUUACUAUAACAUUACCGACUGCAGUUGUGUUUAAGGAGUCAGUCUCUGUUAAACCUUCGUGCGAUACAAAAAGUAAAUCAAGCGAUUCGAGUUCAUCAAGCUCAUCAGAUUCAGAAACGGACAACGAACAAAAACAGAAGAAAGAUAUUUCAAACCAAAGACCCAUGUCAUCUGGGGAUGAAGAGAAAAUAAUAAUUAACAAACCCAAUAUCGGAAGAGAACUAGAUGAUGCUACUAUGUCAGUUAUUCUACGAACAGAAGUAGUAAACAGUGAGCAGCAACCAGUUUUACCAGAAUACGAACACACAUUAGAAUACGAAAUGCCUUCUGUAGAUGUGACCAAACCAGACAUUGAAUUCCCUAAUGAAACAAAUUUGCCAUCAUUUGAUACAACAGCUUUAAUUGGAACAGAAGAAAGCCCUGUAAUUAUCAAGUCAGGAUUAUCAUUACCGCCACAACCGGACAUAGAUAUAGCAGAUGAAUUACCAGCUACACCCGCAGCUGAACUUAUCCAACCUGAAAUAAACAUUACCACCGAAGCUGAACUUAUCAAACCUGAAAUAAACAUUACCACCGAAGCUGAACUUAUCCAACCUGAAAUAAACAUUACCACCGAAGCUGAACUUAUCCAACCUGAAAUAAACAUUACCACCGAAUCUUCUAUCAAACCCGAUGUUCGUCUAAAGAAACAGAAAAGCAAGAACUCAAAAUCGUCGUCUUCAAGUGGUUCUAGUUCUUCGAGUUCUUCCGAUUCCGAAUCUUCGCAUGGUGACGACAAAAAGAAAAAUGCAAAAAAUGAUAUAAACAAAGAGAAAAUGACAGAGGAUAUUAAUUUAUCUAAAGAUGACGUCAUUGAGCUUUUGGAGAAAACAAAUUCUGUUGAACUCAAAGAAAGUGCAAUUGUUGAUAUACCGUCCAGAAAGACAGAUUUAGACGUUGCUGUGGUAACACCAGAGAUUGGUAUUUCCCAGGACAUGAAAGAAAUGGAUUCUAAAAUGAUUGAUCUAGAUGUACCAAACAUAAAUAAACCGAAAUAUGAUGGUAAAUCUGAAAUUUCCGCAAAUAUUAAAACCUACGAACCGGAAGUUGACAUGAGCGUUCUUGCUUCAUCAGAUAUUUCAUUUGAAUGCAAACCAGAAAUCGACUUGAAUUUAAAAACACAAAGUCCCGAAUAUCCUCAAAUUGACGAAGACAGAAAACUAAUGAAAGAGUGUGACAAUGAAAAUGCUUUUGAAGUAGAUGUACCAUCAAACAAAGUCAGUAAAACUUUCGAUGAUACUGUAUCGAUAGAACUACCCCAAAACUAUAUGCAAUAUAUUCCAGAUAGUUCAGAAUUCAAUGUCCCAAAAUCAAAUGUACCAGAAAUCAGCAUGGAACAACCAAUAGAAGACUCUUCUCCAAAAACAACUAAAAAGUCAAAUAAAACAAAAGAUUCAGGCAAAAGAAAACCAGACUUUGGAUUAAAAAUUCCGGAGAAAAUCACAUCAUUGGUACAUAAGCUAUCGUUCAAAGGAGGUGAUAAAAAUCGACUUAAAUCGACGGAUAACUUAACUGCAUCGGAGCCUAUUCUUUAUGAAACAAAACCACUAUCUGGUACCGAGAUCAGUCCGAAGACCAAAGAUAAUACCAUAACCGAAACAGAGAAGCCGACGAAGAAAGCAAGCAAGAAAAGAAUCAAGUUUAGGUUAAAAAAGAAACAAAGAUCAACUUCAUCUUCAUCGUCAAGUGAGUCUGAAGACGAAAAGAAGAAGAGUCAAAUUGAUAUGAAUCAUGCAGAUAAAGAGGUCCAAGUUAACGUUUUCAAAGUUGAUAUCAAAACAAAAUCUAUUGCAAAACCAGAUGGUAAACAAAGCAAGAAGAAGAAACAUGCCAAAGAAGAACCAUCUACACCAACAACUCCGGAAUCACCAUUCGAUAAAUUAUCUCACAUAUUUCAUAGAACUCAUAAAGCAAAGAUCACAGAACCGAUAAAAGAGGAUAAAAAGAAAGAAAAAGAGAAAAAAGAAAAGAAAAAGUCACCGUCACGAUCCUCGUCAGAUAACAGGGGAAGAAGCACAUCACAGACGUCGACAGAUGAGCAGACGACUAAAUCCAAUGUCUGCCACCUACCGGAAAACGAAGACGAUAAAGAUCGUCAUAAUAUAGAUACUGACGACAAAGGUCCACUUAAAACACUGCAAGAGUAUUCAAAACUGCUGGAUAAACAAGUUGCUAGAACACGACCAGAAACAGACGACAACACAAAAACAGAAAAUAAACAUAUGAAAGGAACAAGCGACGACAACAAUCUAAUAAAACAAGACAAAGAAACAAUCCCUUCGUCAUGCUCUGAUGAAGAACUGGUUGUUGAGGAAAAGAUCGAACGCGUAGAAGCAGCUCCAAAAUCGUCUUCAGAUUCAGUUUCCUCAGAUAACGAUGUUGUAAUAGUACAUGCUGUUGAAAGAAAAGCGUCACUGUCUUCCUUGGAGCGUGAAAUUUACCCUCCAACGCCACAAAGUGAGAAUGGUGAUUUGGACGUUAGCGUCAGAAAACCUUCGCCGUCUUUUGACACAAAACAUACAUCGAAAAAGAUUAAUCUGGAUCUGCCUUCACUGGAUGUAGACAGAGACCUAACGAUGGAAAUGAAGAAACCAUGGAUAUCUCCAGCAGACAAAGCAAAGUUAAAGCGAUCAGAUAGUUCGUCAUCGUCUUCUUCUUCGUCUUCCUCUUCAUCUUCUUCAAAGUCUUCACAGAAAUCUGUGAAAGAAAACAUUACUGAUGUAGAAAUACACGAAUCAACGGAGACAAAGAAAACACCAGUCAAUGUGAAGAUGGAUAUCGAAACCAUCCAAGAGGAAUUUGUCAAGGUAGAAGAUCAACCCAGACUUAAUGCUGUAUUGAACAAUAAACCAGCCAAUGUAUCAAAAUCAGAUGACAUACAGCCAGAUAUUGCUCCGAGAAGGGAGCUUUCAAUAGAUAGCACAGUAAGCCUAGAGGUGGAACAUGCUCUCCAGACGUUAGACAACUCCAUCAUCGCAGCAGAACAAUCCCCACCCAAGUACCAGGGACAUUUUGUAGUAGUAGCGAUUGACUUUGGGACAGCUUAUAGCGGCUAUGCUUUCAGCUUUACUCGUGAUCCUGACAGUAUCCAUAUGAUGAGAAAAUGGGAAGGUGGAGAUCCUGGAAUAAUAAAUCAGAAAACUCCGACCAUCAUGUUACUGACCCCUGAUGGAUCGUUCCACUCGUUUGGGUACAAUGCCCGUGAUAACUACCAUGAUCUGGACAAAGAGAGGGCGCAAGAAUGGAUGUACUUUGACAAGUUUAAGAUGACCCUACACACAGCUACUGAUUUGUCGACAGAUACAAUGUUAACAGCUGCCAAUGGCCGACACUAUCCUGCCUUGAAGAUCUUUACAUACGCAAUGUCUUACCUUCGAGAUCACGUGAUCAGGGAAUUGUCGGACCAAUCUGGUGUAAAGAUCUUAAAUGAAGAUAUCCGAUGGGUGGUAUGUGUUCCCGCUAUAUGGAAAGCACCGGCUAAGCAGUUCAUGAGACAGGCUGCCUACAAGGCUGGUAUUGCGUCUGAAGAAUUCCCAGAUCAAAUUCUUAUUGCCUUGGAACCUGAAGCAGCAUCUAUCUACUGUCGGAAGUUGAGGAUGCACCAAUUAGUCCCAGACUCUCCACGUCAAGUGCAGUCUCCGACCAGGAGCGAACCAGUCAAUUUAGAUAAUGCAUUCGAAGUUUCUAAUCAAGUGAAUGAAUAUUCGAUGGAAAUGAUAUUAAGAGGUACCCGUUACAUGGUUGUGGAUUGUGGUGGUGGAACUGUCGACAUAACGGUACACGAGUUAGACAGUACUGGGAAACUAGCAGAGCUCCAUAAAGCAAGUGGUGGACCAUACGGAUCCAUCGGUGUAGAUGUCGAGUUUGAAAAGUUAUUAAUGUCAAUUUUCGGGAAGACAUUGAUCGAGCAAUACAAAGUGAAGAGAUCUGCAGGUUGGGUUGAUAUGCUGAUAGCUUUCGAGUCGAGAAAGAGAUCUGCCUCUCCCUACAAAACAUCACCUCUAAAUAUAGCAUUACCUUUCUCAUUUAUUGACUAUUACAGAAAACACAAGUUGACAGGUAUAGACACAGCUAUAAAACGCCAUGGAGACAAAGAUAUCACGUGGUCAUCACAAGGAAUGCUGCGUCUGGCUCCUGAGGCAAUGAACACAUUAUUUAAACCUACAGUUCAGAAAAUCAAAGAAAAGAUUGGUUCUAUAUUGAAUAAUAAUAUCAAAGACCUGAAAUAUAUGUUCCUUGUUGGUGGUUUUGCUGAGUCUGCCAUUGUACAGAAUGAAAUCAGACAGGAAUUCGGAAAUUUAAUUCAAAUUAUAAUACCACAAGGGGUUGCCAUGACGAUUCUUAAAGGUGCUGUGUUAUUUGGCCUUGAUCCAACAAUCGUCAACGUCAGAAGAUGUCCUCUAACAUAUGGAGUUGGUGUCCUUAACAGAUAUAAUCCGAAAAAACAUCCACUGAAAAAGAAAGUUUCGCGCCAAGAAAUAGAAUGGUGUACGGAUAUUUUCGAUAAAUAUGUUGUUGUCGAUCAACCCGUUACGAUUGGUGACGUCAUUUUACGUAGUUAUACUCCAGCCCGUCCUGACCAAAGACUUAUUCAAAUAAACAUAUACUGCUGUGAAGACAAUGAUCCAAAAUUUAUAACAGAUCCAGGAGUACAUAAAGUAGGAACUGUAACAUUACAUUUGUCAGGGACCAGUGAUGACAAAAUGCCAAAGAGGCGUGAAAUACAAACAAGGAUGCAGUUUGGAGAAACUGAAAUCAGAGUUAGUGCUCUUGAUGUAUCUACGGGUGAACAUAUCCAAUCCACUGUUGACUUUCUCAGUCGAUAAACGAUGAUUUCUGUUUGUAUUUUAUGUAACAAAUACUAUAGUUGAUAUUAACUUCAUUUCAGAACUUAGAAAUAUCUUUAUAUUUAUAUUUGUAUAUUUAUGUAUUUAACUUAUUGUGCCAUACCUAAAACCAUUUUAAUCAAUAUCUCUUUUUCGUCUCAAGACAUCUUAAUAGAUGCAGAAUUUUAAUAUAAUACGCUUUGUAGUGAUGUUCAAAAUUCUAAAAAACGUAUAUUUCAUGUCAGUUUUAUUUGAGUGGAAUACUAAAUUGAGAAAAAAAACUUAAUGGUAACAAAUUUAUAAUUCACUUUAACUUAAAGUGAUUUAUAUUGCAAACAAGUGCUUGUUUAAAUAUCUAUAAGACAAGUUAACUGUUCUUAUCAUUAGAAAAUGCAUACUGCUACGGCUUUUAAACUGAUGUAAAAUUCCAACGUUUAUACAAUGGUUUUUAAUUAUGAUUGAGAUAUGCAUUAAUUAUUAGAUUUGAAACGAAAGAUGAAAACUAACUAUAACAAUAACCAAACAACUGUUUCCCUCUUCUUCUUCCUCCUUUACCUCCUCCUCAUCAGAGAGCGAAAGAAAGAAAGAGAGAGAGACCUUCCGUCUACCCGUCUUAUCAUGGACAAUACAUGUCCUCUAUGGAAUCUUAUUUGAUAUUUUGUAUUAAGUUAUUUAUUAUAUAAAAGAUAUUAUUUUGUAUUUCAUAUAAGUACUCAAGGUUAGUCACCUAAAUUGGUACCGACUUCUGGGUAUUCAUCUAUACAAACAUGUGUAUUAUAUCUACUUAAAUAAAAUAGCCAAUCGUUUUA